CUGCUUUCACUAAGUUGGUGGUCUUUUACUUGUAUUGUCACUGACUGUCAUGGGGAUGGUGCUUCUUAGUUGUCUAUCGCUGUGUCAUGUAUAUCCACAAAUCCAGUAGCUUAAAAAUACCAGUACACGGACCUGAGUCUGUGAGAGAAGGAAGCCUUGUGAGUGGAGUCUUUAUUAUCUCCCCGUUUUCAGGCGAGCUGGCUAGGAACUUUAGCAUCUUUUGCCGAUUAAGAUAAUGAUCUAAAGAGUAACACCGAUGGUAGAAGCCUCGGGGCCAAAAUUUUGUCUGGCACAGACCCCACGCUUCUCCGAUUAUAAGGAGGCUGACCUCCCCUUGCCUCUUUCCUCAAAGCCGAUUCAGAAUGGACAGUGCCAGGCAGGGUCUUCUGAUAACAAGCCUCAUCGCCACCUAGUGGCAAACAUCAGGUUCGACUUUACUACAAACAACAAAAGUCUCUCCAAACAGCACGCGGAAGAGGCCCAGAGGCUCAAGCUGGGAUGUCGGAAACACAACCGGUCCCACCGUAAGACUGCGCGAACUAAACCCCAGCGCCUACCACAGCCCUCAUGGCUCGGUGAGAUUCCACUACAACCACCGCCGAACAGUCACAUUGCCCUUCUCCUGGAUCAACACUUGACAAGGGAGGAAGACGCAGAGGCCAACAUCAUCUCAACGUGGAGAGGAGGAGCUGCGGGGAGGCUUCAAUGCUACUGCUCUAAGCAUUCCAGAGAAAGCUGCUUCUGCCCUAGCUGGACCUCACAAUAUCCCUGGCAAGGCUUCCAAGAGCACGGACUUCUGAAGUGGAACUUCACAGCCGUUCAGGGCAUGCUGCCAGUAGUAUUUACAAUAGUCAAGACACAGAGUCAACCAGGACGCCAGUGGACAAAUGGGUUAGAUAUGAGACAGAUCAGAAUUCAGAUACCAUCCCCUCCCCCCAGCACAUUUGUCUUGAAGAAAAAUGAUGUGCCGAACUGCGCAGAUGGAAAUUUCGAGCAACGAGAAAGAUUAAAGUGAAACCCCACUCCUUAGACCUAA